UUGUGAAGGAAAGGGGAAUCAUUUUAAAAGUGCUCAUUCUUGUUUCAGAAUGUAUUUAACGGCAUCACCAUUACUUUUUUCAAGUCUUUAUGUCUUGUUUGUUAUACGGAACAUAUUAUGCGAGGAGAGGAUAAAAGUAGGACCUGGAGCAGAUAAAGAGAAGAAAAUUAAUCCAUAUAUUACAAAGUUUCACCAGGGAGCUAAUUUAAGACCCACAAAAUGCCAAGUGUGUCGACUUCUUGUUACCGAGUUUCUAGAGCAAAUGAAGAAAACGAAUCGUCGGGAAGAUGUACCUCGAGGAUAUUUACUUGAAGAUCUAGACAAUCAGGAGAAAAGUAUCCAUUAUGAAAAAUCGGAGCUUCGUCUCUUGGACGUCUUGGACAAUUUGUGCGAGAGAAUGAAACUUUACCGCGCCAGGCCUGGUCCUGAAUUUCCUUACAUUAAAGGAGCUAAAAGUCAACUUCGAGAAGUUUUGGAAGAUAUGCAAGAGAAAUCAAAAGUUAAACUUAACUACGAGCUACCGGAUGAAGUCGUAGAAGACUACACUUAUGAAAUGGGGAGACUCAAAUUCAAGUGUAUUCAUAUGUUGGAAAGCCAUGAGGAUGAUAUAACGCAGUGGUACUUAAGUAGUCAAAAGGAAAAUCUAAUGGACUGGCUGUGUGUAGAACGAAUUCUGGACGAAAAUGAACAAGAUUGCCUAAAUGCUUCAACAAAUAUGCCAGAAGAUUACUACUCAUUCAUACAGGAUGACAAAUCUACCAUACCAGCCCCUAAACCAGACAUACCAAUGAGAGAUGAUAAGCGCUGGGAGUUGUAAUCAGACUGUGUGAGAGUUGAAGAAUAUGGGAAAGGCGCACCAAAUUGAAAAUAUGCCGUUGAGGAUGACCUUUUAAAGCCAAAACGACUUUAGCGAUCGUCCAUCCAAGUUUUAGCAUAUAAAUAACGUCUGAUUUUGUUACAAAAAUCGUACAUCAUAAGGCUGUCCCGAUUAAACGAAAA